UCAGUGUUUGUUAUGUCAGUCAGUAAUUUUCGUUUUAUUUUGUCCUAACAUUCAUUAAAACUUGUAGAAAUUAUAAAUAAUUGUGCCUAGAACUAACAUUGGAACAUAUUAUUUUUAUUUUGUUUUGUUCUUCUUUAUGUUUUAGUUGACAUUAGUCUAGAACUAAGUAAAUAACUUACAUUGUAUGAAAAUAAAAAAAUACUUUUACUACAUUUGUUCCAAAAAAAGGCAUGUUUUAUCUCUUACAUUUAAUAUUCCUUUCAUAUUUCUCACGUAAUAUUUAUACCCUCGCAGAGCAUUACCCAAGAUCAGAAAAAAAUGGCCAAGAAUUACUUCUCUGUCGUAAAUGUGGCGCUGACGUGGCAGACUCCUAUUACUUGUUCAGUAAACCAAGUCCAGGAGCUCGGAAAACUGAAAAACAGAAUUUAUUUGGACAACAAAAUGUAACAGUACAAACUUUAGUGAACCCAUUUGGCAUCAAAUUUGAAGUGGUCACUGCAGAGAAAGCAAGAUGUGACAACAUAGGACCAAAUCAAGGUGCAGACUCAUGGUUUCCUGGGUACAGCUGGCGGAUCUGUGCUUGUCCCCACUGUGGUCAACAUCUAGGUUGGACAUUUGAGAAGACAGACGCUGCAGACAAGCAUUCAAGCGAGAAUAUAAAAUCUUUUCAUGGACUGAUUUUGAGAAACAUACUUGGUGAAAAUUUUACCGACUCUCUUAUCAUGAUGCCGAAAAUGUAUAAAAUGUAAUUUAUACUUAUUGAAAGUCACAUCAGUUUAACUGAAGAGAAUGUGUGUUACCUUGUAAGUAAUGUAAAUGAGUGUUAUCUUUAUAUUUUUAAGGUUUUUCAAUGUAUUAAAAGUUGAAAAGCAUUGUAAGGCUAAAUAUAAAAGAAUUAUUUAUGAA